CAAUCUUUCAAUCCAUUUUGUGUUCUUUCAAAUCAAGCAAAGAGGAGCUCUAGAAUCCCUCUCCAGAAAUCCUCCAACAUGUUCAUUCAUCGACUCCUUUUUGCUUCAAUAUUCAUAGUGUGUUGCCUCACAACGCUUACAAAUGGAGCUUCACUUCCAAAUGGUGAAGUGGAAGCUUUGAGAAGUAUUGGUAACACAUUGGGGAAGACAGACUGGAACUUUAAUAUUAAUCCAUGCGAUCAAGGCGAUACUUGGUUGAACCAAUCCACACGUUAUUAUGCUAAUAAUGUUACUUGUGAUUGCUCCUUCAACAAUAACACCAUCUGUCAUGUGGUUCGCAUAUUGCUUAAGUCACAAAAUCUCUCGGGGACUCUCCCACUAAACUUGACAAGUCUCCCUUUCUUGCAAGAAAUUGACCUAAAUCGCAACUAUCUUAGUGGCACCAUUCCCUCAGAAUGGGGUUCUGCUACCCGACUCGUCGGCAUUUCCCUUUUUGGAAAUCGAUUAACAGGCCCAAUCCCAGUAGAGCUAGCAAAUCUCAGAAAUCUUACCUCCUUAAUCCUUGACAACAAUGGUCUUUCAGGAACUUUGCCUGCAGCACUAGGGAGUCUAUCCAAAAUUGAGCGAUUACAUCUUGGUUCCAACUAUUUUACUGGUAAAAUACCUGAAACCUUUGCUAGUCUGACUUCAUUGAAGGAAUUUCGGAUUAGUGACAACAAUUUUACAGGACAAAUUCCUGACUUCAUAUUCCGAAAUUGGACAAAUCUUGAAGAGAUAUAUAGAGGAAGUGGUUUGAGUGGACCAAUUCCAUCCAUUAAUGCUACUUUACUUAACUUAACAUACAUAAUAAUUAGUGACUUGAAUGGAGCUGAAACAAAUUUUACACAACCACUCAUCGAUGCCAGUUUGCCUAAAUUGGAUAGACUGAUGUUGAGGAGUUGCAAUCUCAUUGGAGAGAUACCUGCUUCUUUUGGGACAUUUACAUCCAUAAAGAUAUUAGAUCUCAGCUUUAAUAGACUUAGUGGAAAAAUUCGAGAUGAGCUUUCUAAUCUUGAUUUCGAAUAUCUGUUCUUAAAUGGAAACAAUUUUAAUGGAUCAGUCCCUCAAUGGAUACUCGAAACAAGAGAAAAAGUGGAUCUUUCUUAUAACAACUUCACAAACACAGGUGUAUCAGAUUGCCGACAAAAUAGCGUGAACUUGUUCUCAAGCAUUGCAAGAGUCAAUAACACGGGAAUUGUUCCAUGUUUGACAAGCCAAAUUACCUGCCCAUCAGAACCUUUGCACUUUGUCCAUAUAAAUUGUGGAGGGAGAAAAAUAACUGUUAAUGGCAUCACUUACGAAGCCGAUUUCGGUCAAGCCGGGACUUCGACAUUUUACCGCAGUAUUACCAACUGGGCAUUUAGCAGCACCGGAACUUUUCUAAGCGAUGACCGCCCCGACGACGUCUUAGAUUUGGAAAGUAGACAACUUUCUAGCAAUGGUGGCAAUGAACUGUACACAGAUGCAAGGGUUUCGCCUAGUUCUUUGACUUACUACGCAUUUUGCCUUGCCAAUGCAACUUACAAUGUAAGCCUCCAUUUCGCCGAGAUUCAGUUCACUAAUGGUGAAACUUAUAGCAGCUUAGGGAGGCGGAUGUUCGAUAUUUACAUUCAGGGAGAGCGGGAGAAGCAAGAUUUCAAUAUUGUAGUAGCAGCAGGAGGGGCAGGCCUAUCAAGAGUAGAAAGAUUCAAUGCAAAUGUAACCGAUGGCACUUUGGAGAUUCAUUUCAGAUGGGCUGGAAAAGGGACGACUUCUUUGCCCGAGAGAAGCAUUUACGGUCCGCUAAUCUCAGGAAUCUCUAUUUUCAAUCCUGUUUUUAAACCAGGUUAUAAACCUCCAUCAAAAAGCGGCAGUGGUCCUCUACCGAAAAAGGUUGAUCGUAUCUCGACAGCUGCAAUGGCUGGUAUCGUGGCCGGAGCAACGUUUGCUACUUUUUUGAUUGUAGGCAUCUUUUGGUGGAAUUGCUGUUAUAAAUUAGAUGAUGAAAUAUCUGAUGUUCUCUUUGGCGAUGAAUUCCAAAAUGGAAUGGAACUUCGGAAGUUUUCCUUGGUACAAAUAGCUAAAAUGACCAAUAAUUUCAAAGGUGAAAAACUAGGAGAAGGAGGGUUUGGUGUAGUUUAUAAAGGGUACUUGAGGGACUUGGAUACUUAUGUUGCUGUUAAAAGGAUUUCAAAGGCCUCUAAGCAAGGAAUUAAGGAAUAUGCAUCUGAAGUGAAGAUUAUUAGCCGAUCAAGGCACAAGAAUCUUGUGAAGCUUAUUGGUCAGUGUCAUGAAAAAGGAGAACUUAUACUUGUUUAUGAGUUUAUGGCUAAUGGCAGCCUAGAUUCCCAUCUUUUUAAAGGUAAAACCUUAUUGACUUGGGAAGUGAGAUUUAAAAUUGUGCAGGACCUGGCAUCAGCACUAUUCUAUCUACAUGAAGAAGGUGACCAUUGCGUACUACACAGAGAUAUCAAAGCGAGCAACAUUAUGUUAGAUUCUAGUUUCAAUGCUAAACUUGGGGAUUUCGGGCUUGCUAGGCUAGUGGAUCAUGCAAAAGCGUCACAAACCACCCAUUUAGCUGGGACUAUGGGCUAUUUGGCACCUGAAUGCGUUUCAUCGGGAAAGGCUAGCAAGGAAUCGGAUGUCUACAGUUUUGGAGUUGUGGCAUUGGAGAUUGCAUGUGGUAGAAGAUCAAUAGAGCCCAAAUAUGAAGAAUCUCAAGCUUCGUUGGUAGCCUGGGUGUGGAGUGCAUAUGGAAGCCAACGGUUGCCUGAUGUAGCUGACCCAGAACUAUGUAUGAACUUUGAUGCUAAACAAAUGGAAUGCUUGUUAAUGGUUGGACUGUGGUGCGUCCAUCCAGACCAGCAUUUAAGACCAUCUAUAAGGCAAACAAUUCAGGUUUUUAAUUUCGAAGCACCGUUGCCGAAGCUUCCAGGUACGAGGCCAAAUCCCACAUAUGAUGCACAAAUCACUUCAGAAAUUGAAGCAAGUGAGCCAUGUUUUUCUAGUAUGAGUAUUACAGUGCCGCGUUAGACUCAUAUAAUUAUCAUAUACAUAAUAUUCAAAUUUUAAAUUUACACAACAAUGGACAUAGGGCAUAUUUGAGUGUUGGGCUAUUAAUUGGGUCAUGUUUUGGGCUUAGUACUCUCCUAAAUUUUGGACUGUUGUUCCAACAAUUAAUCAACUUUUAAAUACGUCUAA